UGAGAUUGUAUUGUUAUUGCUUUCAUAAUUUUUUUGAAAUACAUACUUAUUACCACUUAUCAACUUACCUAUACUAAAUAACUAUUGAAUGGUAUUAUAUUCUUUUGCGCAAUGGCUCUGAAGUACAUAUUUGUGUUUAUGUUUAUUUUAAAUUAUAUAUCGGUCGGUCUUAGUAUCAAAUGUUGGAAUUGCAGAUCAAGCAAUGAUCCAAAAUGCGCCGAUCCAUUCGAUAAUAGUACCGUACCAAUUACCGAUUGUGAUCAAGAAAGAGGAUUGUCACAUUUGGUAGGAAUAAGGCCAUCUAUGUGCCGAAAAAUUAGACAAAAAGUAAAUGGAGAGUGGCACUAUUUCAGAGACUGUGCUUAUCUCGGAGAAGUUGGUAUUCAAGGUGAUGAAAGGUUUUGUCUCAUGAGGACAGGUACUUACAAUAUCUUUGAGGAAUACUGCACCUGUAAAAGCAAGGAUGGAUGCAACUCAGCAUCGCUGAAUUUCUCCAAAAUAUCAUUAUGUGUAUCUAUUCUGACUGCUUUGUCAUUUUGUUGUUUGGUUUAGAUCUAAAUAUUGCUUGGACCCAGUAACUUUGACUCAUAAAAAUUAAGUUUUAAAUGUGGUUGUGUUAAAAUUCACUUAAAGAUAAUAUUAGAUAUUAUUUGAUAAUGCUGUCUUAGAGAUGGUAUGGAUAAGUCACCCUUAAAAUAGUUACAGGUAUUUCAGAUACAUGUACAUACUAUAAUAUUUUGUUACUUGAACCAUCAAUCAUUGUUAAACUGUAUUCAUUAAAGUGUCAUUAAGUAGACCCUCAAUAAAAUAUAUCUAAAAAAUAUUUUCCUGUAAACCCAAAAUAACAAUAACUGUAAAUUUAAUUUUCAAUAUAAGCCAACUGAGUACAUUUUUUCUUCAUAAUUUGAAUAAAUUUUUGAAUUUUACUUAUAAAGUCCAUCUAAAAAAUCAUCUCAGUACAUUUUAUUGAUGUGCCAAUUCACACUUGACUAAGAAAUCAUAGUUAUUAUCGAAUUUUGAAAAUCAAUAUGUUGGUGCUAUGAAACAACCAUACUGUAAUUUUAAUCAUUAUUAUUAAAGUUUUUCUAUUUAGUAAUUAUAAUGGGGAUUACCAGUUGUUCUUGUAUUUUAACGUCUGACACAACAAAGUUAGUGACAGUCUUUGAAAAACAUCUAUCCAAUUAUCCAAAUGUUUUGAGUUUUCCUUAGCAUUGAUUCCGACAAUAUUUGUCCUUUAAACAAUUCGACACGUGUUUCGCCUCUACACAAGGCCUCCUCAGGAUAACGCCAAAAUCUGGCAUGAGACUCAGAGUUUGAGUCGAAACACAUGUCGAAUUGUUUAAAGUACAAAUAUUAGCGGAAUUAACAAUAAAGAGAACUCAAAACAUUUGGAUAAUUAUGGAUUUCCGCAAAGUAACACCUACUUCAAUAAAUCUAUCCAAUUGUUGCCCUAAUUAUGGAACUUGGUACUUAUUAGCUUGCCUUGCUAGUAAUCAUGUGAAUUCUUUUCUGACUUCCAAGAUGGCAUUUAUUUCAACAUUUUUAUAUGAUUGCAUUAAUUGAAAUUGCAUGUCACAAUUUCACAUACUGCAUUAUAUAUAAUGUAAAAAAACAACUGUUUGUAAUAUCUCCUGUAAAGAAGACAUCAUGCGCAUAAAAAUUUUUCAAGGGCCAAUUGUUUAUAUAUUUUAAAGGAAUUAUAUGAAGGAUGUUCAAAAUAAGACCCUUGUGUUUUCUAAAAUUAUUAUUGAAACUUUGGCAUAAAAGACAUUAUUAUAUUAAAUCAACUCAUCGAAAUGAAAUCAACUCAUGAAAUACGGAAAAUAGAGAAGGAUAAUUGCUGUAAUAAUAAUUUAUUAUCAAUAGAGGCAAUUCAUAAAUUAUUUAAUUUGAAAAUAAAUAAUUUCACAGACUUUGCACAAAUACUCUAUAAGAGCCAUAUUCAAAGACUGAAAAUUCGUCCAUGUAUGUAGUUAUUAAGAGUUCUUUUAAAUAUACUAUUUUGAAUUUGAAA